AUGACCUCGUCUGCGUCUGCCGCUGCCCCCGCGCCCCCCAAGCUGCUGGCCGACGCGCUCCACCUCCUCGACGCGGCGUCGCGGCUCAUCACGGACGUGCGCAGCGGCGUGGAUGUGCUUAUAGAGGGGGUUGUGACCGCAGCGGAAGCAGGAGGGGAGGGAUGGGGAGGCGACGAGGAGGGCGGGGGCGGAGCGGCGGAGGUGAUGGGGGAAGUGGAGAGGCGGAUGCGCGGGACCGUGGCGCAGCUGCAGUCCGUUGGCACGCAGCUAGCGCAGCUGGGCGCGUGGGACGCACACGGCACGCCUUCCCCACCCGCCGCCACUGCAGGCGGAGGGGACGGGACCGGGGGAGGAGAGGGAAAGGCGGCAGUUGGAUUGCAUGGUGAUUCGAAUGAGGGAGGGGAGGGAGUUAGUCGGGGUGGAGUUUCGAGGAAGGUGGUGGGGGGGGGUGGGCAGGCGGCGUUGGUGUGCGCGGAUGGCAUGCUGGUGAGCUACGCGUGGAAGCGCCACAUCGCUGCUCAUGCCGCCACCACCGCUGCCACGCGCACCGGGCGCCCUCCCCUCUCCGCCCAUCGGUUCCUCUUCCUUGCAUCUCGCUGUCCGCCUUCAAACCUCAUGUGCCGCUGCUCCCCUGCGUUCCCAUCGCACUACCACACCAUGGCCACUCCAUGCAUCGCACUACCACACCAUGGCCACUCCAUGCAUCGCACUACCACACCAUGGCCACUCCAUGCAUCGCACUACCACACCAUGGCCACUCCAUGCAUCGCGCUACCACACCAUGGCCACUCCAUGCAUCGUCUUCAACUACUCUUCUUCUCUUCCCUCUCCCCAUCUCCUCCUUCCCCUUCCGCCCCGGUCCCUCCAUCUCCGUUUCCCUCUCUCCACCUCUUCCCCGGCACCCCUCCGCCCACCAGAGUGGCGCUCGCGGCAUUUCAGCGCCACAGGCAGCGCUGCUUCCCGGCCCUCACGGCGCCGCCUCUCACGCUCGCUGCACUCGCGCACCACCUCGCGCAGCGACCCACAGCCUGCCGUGCGGAUGCCGCAGCAGUGGGUGCUGGCGGUGGUGGCAGUGGUGGCGAGGGUGCUGCGCGGCCCACCAGUGCUGCCGCUGCACCUGCCCAGCCUGCUGCUCACGGCUCCGCCGCCACUGCUGCUGCUGCCGCUGCUGCCGUGAAGGUGGAAGGGGCUACAGUGGGUGGGGGGGAAGGGGCGGGAGGUGGGGGUGGGGAAGGGCAGGUGCAGGCAGCAGGUGGUGAAGGAGCAGCAGAAGGCGCCUCUGUCAACACAGGUGCUUCUGGGGAAGGUACACCUGCAACUGCUGCCGAUACGCCCGCUGCCGCGUCCGAACCUGGCCGCGAUGGCAUGGGACCAGGGUUGGGCCGAGCCACCCCACCAGCAGGCUUGGGGGUGAUGGGGGCGUUAGGUGCGGUUGGACUGGGUCGGGGGAGGGUCGGGGGACUGGUUCGGGGCCUUGGGGCGUUUGGGCGGAUGGGGGGGAUAGGAGGAAGUAUUGGGGGGAGUAUCGGGGGAAUGGGGGCAGGGGCGGGGGGAGGUGUGGGGGGGGGGAAUGCGAUGGAGGCGGACGACCUGGGGGGGGGCGAUGAGAUGAUGAUGCUGGGGGGCGACUUUGGCGGCGAGGACAUGGACGUGGAUGGGCGCGGCGCGGGCGAUGGGGGGGACGGGGCAGGCGCCCAGGCAGAGGAGCAGGGGGAGGCAGGUGGGGCGGAAGGAGGGGAAAUGGGAAGCGGGGAGAGGAAUGAAGGGCAAAGGCCGGUCUCUGGUGCUGGGGAAGGAGGUGGGGAAGAGGGAGAAGGGGGUGGGGCGGAAAAGGCAGAGGGGGCAGGGGCGAAGGGAGGUGAAGGGGGGAGUGAAAGCAAGGCAGGGGUAGGUGGUGUUGGUGUUGGUGUGGGUGGAGGGGAAGUUUCAGGGCGUGCAGGUGGGGCGAGAGGAGAAGCAAUGAGUGGCGGUGGUGAUGUGGACGCUGCCAAUGUGGGUGGCAGUGGCGAUGGUGGUGGGAGUGGUGCUGAUGCGCAUGUUGGCGCAGCGGGAGCCAAGGGCGUGAAGAGGGCGCGGGGCGAGGGGGGCGGCAUGGAGGCGUGCAGCGACCCCGUGCUGCGCGCCGUGCUGCAGCGCGUGCGCGUGGCGUGCCCCUCCUUGCACCUCGCCCUGCUGCGCCGCUCCUCCUGGCCGACCCACCUCAUGGCGCACACUGGCACAUGCGCUGCUGCUGUGCACGAUGGGGGGGGAAGAGCAGGGCGAAUGGAAUGGGGGGAGAGAUACGAGGGAGGAGAGAACAGGGAGAGGGAGAAGGGGCAGGUGAAGCAGGAGCAGGGAGAGGCGACAGAAGAAGCACCCCCUUCAAGAAAAGCUCUUUUGGAAUUGCAAGCCCCGCCCGCUCAAAGGCGAAGGCGGGGGCAAGGGGGAGCGCAGGUCGUGUGUCCUCCAGGAGUGAUUGAGGCGAGGGUUCUUGGAGCCUUCCGUGCAGUGAUCUCCCUCAUGCCAGCUGGCACCUCACGAGUGGAUGGGGUCGCUGUGUUUGGGACAAACGAGGUGGGGCCGCAUGUGCAUGCAUGGGGGCAGUCGCACCACAUGGCCUUCCAGCUCGUCACUGUGAGUAACCUGCCGUGCAGCGAUGCCGUGCAGCGAUGCCGCACAAGCACGGCAAGCGGUGCACAAGCUGCGCUGUGCGGCUUCAACGCAUCCCUCCGCAGCAGCAUGCAGCACUCCGCCUCUGCAAGGCCUUCUGGAAUGGCUGCACUCCUUCCGCUCCCUCUUCCAGCAGCCCUGCAGGUAGGCAGUGCAGGUAGGCAGUGCAGGUAG